CGUGCCUUUUCACAGAUGCACAGCGAGAGGCUCUCUCUUUUUGGCCGAGGCAAUGGUCUCGCGACCGCCGUCUUCCCGCUGUAUACAGAUUGGCCUCCGAAAAAAAAAACGUCAGGGCAAAAAAUAGCCGGCGGAUCUGAAUAGCUAAGCAGAGAGAUCAGACAAAGCCCCGUGGCGAGGCUGACCCGUUUCUAUUAUUGCUUUCUCACAACGGUCUAGUGAACUACUUUGUGAGAGCGCUCCCUCAGCAAGUAAACAAGGGCAGUCCUUGUCUAGCUGGCAUUUUGUAAGCUUUGACUGACCUCUGCUGUCAGUAUUUUUGGAGGACUGUGGCCAGUUGUGUUUAUGCAGGGCAUGACGACUAAUUUUAAAGCCAGCAAAGCUUUAAAGGUAAAGAAGGAGGCGGGUGAGAAUGCGCCGGUGCUUAGCGACGACGAGCUGGUGGCCAUGUCCGUGCGGGAGCUCAACCAGCACCUGCGCGGGCUGACCAAGGACGACGUGGUGCGGCUGAAGCAGCGGCGGCGCACGCUCAAGAACCGCGGCUACGCCGCCAGCUGCCGCAUCAAGCGCGUGACGCAGAAGGAGGAGCUGGAGCGCCAGAAGCAGGACCUGCAGCAGGAGGUGGACAAGCUGGCGCGCGAGAACGCCAGCAUGCGGCUGGAGCUGGACGCGCUGCGCGCCAAGUACGAGGCGCUCCAGUGCUUCGCCCGCACCGUCACCCGCGCCGGGGUGACCGCCGCCGGCGGGGGCGGCAAGAUGCCCGGAGGAGGAAUGGGCGCCGCCGCCACCAGCGUCAUCACCAUCAUCAAGUCGACCAACAACCACGGCAGCCCGCCGCCCGCCACUCCCUUCUCUGCGCCGUCCUAGUGGCCGGACAGGGGUGGGGUGGCACAGGUGGAGGACGUAGCACGCGUUCUUCAUCUGGUCGCCUGACUACCAGUUCUGAACCCAAAAUGACCGGACUGUGGCUCGGGCCUGACCCCCCACCCGUGCUGAGGAGGUCGCUCAGUAACAGGACUGCAGGGUGGGCGGGAGGUACUGUGGCCAUGCCUCUGUGUGAUUUACCUUAAGGCUGCAUACACUUCUCUGUGUGUCUCUCUCCCUCUCUCUCCCUCUCUCUCUCUCUCUCUCUCUCUCUCUCUCUCUCUCUCUCUCUCUCUCUCUCUCUGUCUCUCUCUCUCAUUUUACAUUAUCUGUGCACUGUGCUAUGAAUCCCCAGCCCCUUCAGGUUCCCAGCACCGGCAGGACACUCUAGUCCCUAAUCGGCGACCCUUUCCCCAAACUGAGACUUAGCAGAGUUGAGCACUUGUCCAAGUGUGAGUGAGUACUUGAGACCCAUAUGACCUACCAUGGCAGCACUGCUACAGUAUAUGACCGCUCUGAUACCUGUUUGCUUUUAUUUGCAUGUUCAUCAGAGAGAAUAUAUACAUAUAUAUAUAUAUAUAUAUAUGUAUUAAUAAUUGUUUCAUAUAAUAUAUUCUGUAUUAUAGUUUCAACCAUUUUGAGUCUCAGACUGAGAGCCUGAUUGAAUGACCCUGUGUUUUGAAACACAGAUAAAUGUUUUCCGUAGACUUCCUAAGACAGUCUUUUUUGUCUUCAGGAUUCAAGUAUCUUGUGAAAGUACUUUAAGUCAUUUGUGAAGUCUUCAUCAACCAUUUGCUCUCUCAAAGCCGCUAUUUGUUUAAGAUGGACACAAUGCAAGGCCAGUAAAUACGAUUCAAAAGACCAAGGACAGAUUAUGUCAUGAAAGAAGCACAAUUCAUUCAGAGUAAGACUCUAUAUGUAAUUUUUGUACAAGAGUAAGACUCUUCAUGUAAUUGUUUUAUCAUACAAUCCUAACAGUACCCUUUCAGACUUCAAACACCAAGCACCUACUACAGAUGUUUGAAUGGCACUUAUCACUACUGUUUUAUUGCAGUACCAAAAGUAUGGAAGCACUUCACUUGCAAUGCAGGAAAGAAUAGCAUCUGUCUGAGCAUACGUUAGAAACAGCAUACAACUUUUUUACGACUUUCUCCCUAAUUUCAAGUUUAGUCAGUGGAGACGAUUGCCAGGCACAUUUUUUAUAUAGACUAAUUAUCUUAAAAAGAUAAGCACUUCCUUUUUAUAUGUCCAUGUAUUCUCUCCAAACUCUCGAUCAAUGCCAUAUGUCAUGGUAGGUAAUCCAUAUUGGAUAAAGCGAUGAGGGGAGCAGUCUUGAUAAAGCAAUGCAAUUUUAAAUCAUGAGCUGUAUAUUACAGAUUUGAAAUUAUUGCCUCAAUAUUCUUAACUUCGUUGUUAAAACACAGCGAGGCGCAAAAUAGAUGCUCCCAGCUGCAACUGUUUCCACUUCACACAGAGAAUUCCGUCCAAUCAGAAAGCAUUCCUACUGCUAGGUCAUCACCCAGUGCUGCUGCCGGUGUUGGAUACCCUCCUACAAUACCUUGUGUGUAUUUAAAGCAAUUCUUUUGAUAUCUAUGACACAGACUCUUGGGUAAGGACAAUCCUGACAUGGAAAUCAAAUGCACAGAUUCGUUUUUCUAUAUAUUUUUUUGGUUGUUGAUGAGAUUGGCUUCCAGGCGGUCGACCUUGGCUUCAAGGUUGUUGACCCAGUUUAACUUCAAAGCAAAAAUUGCGAUAUCAAAUCCAAAUGUAGGUCAGUCACACUCUGUAAACGAAGAGGCCAGGAGUUUUGCUAGACAGGAAUUCAGCCCAGUCUUGGAUAACUGAAUGGCUGUGUCUUUCAAAGUCAAGUCUAAUUCUGUUCUAAGAUUUAAUGUCUGUCUAGAGAAGGGGCUUUCUUGGCCUUUUAACUGCAAAAAAUCCUCACAAUUGGCCUUAAUAUCAUCUACUCAUUUCAUUCCAUUUCAUUUGACCUGCGUGUGCUUCUAUUUCUACUUUCUUAGUCCAACUGCAAAGUCAUUGUGCAUUGUGCAAACGUUAUCUCUUUCCAUCCGAAGUUGUUGUUGGGCUUCUCUCUUACCCAAGUGGCCAUGACUGUUCCGGUUCCCUCUGGCAAGACGUUUAUUUUUUUCUCUUUGCUGUAGAGAGCACCAGAGGGAACCUUGCUGCUGAGUGGUCCUCUGUUGUCUGUCCAUGACAGAUGGACUCACCGCCAUGCUCUUACCAUACUCAUUUUAUAUUCCCAUGGGAUGUUUGUUUUGUUUGUGUCUUUGUUUUGUAUGUGCUCUGUAUUCCCAAAUGUAAUUUAGUUUUGUUUGUUGUUGUUAUUUUUUUGUUUAGUUUCCAUGUCGGUUGCCUCCUUUAUAUUAUUGUUUUUAAUUUCUAUGUAUUUUGUAAAUAUAUAUACAAUAUAUUAUAUAUUAUUAUAGUAUAUAUAUAUAUUGUAUGUAUAUGUAUAUGUAUAUAUUUAUAUAUUUCUAGGGCAUCAAAUACUUUGGGGAAUGGUGUGUCCUUGUAAUCGUCUCCAUCAUAAUUCAGCCGGCUUAUCUCCGCAGUUUACUUCUGUCCCCAGUGGAACACAGCAAGUCUAUCUGCAGAGUGUUUAACUGCAUUUUAGCCAUUACAUAUGAACAUGAUGGCCGUACAGAAGUUCCCCUUUGUGCACGCUAAUCAAACUUUCAGUGUUUACAGUGAAUAGAGGCACAUGGCUUCUGGAGUAGAUGCUUAUCUAGUUGUGAAUGGUUUCUCUAUGUGAGCUGUUAUGCUUUCAGUAUUUAUCAAGACGGGCACUCCUCAAAGCUUUGUCGUGAUAGAAGCAUUAUUUGAGAAGCGAAGAAGAGAAUUCUUAUUUGUUACUCUUCACUCCAAUUCUCAUAGCACACAAAGCUUUUAGUGAGCACCACCAGAUCAGUGAUUGUUGUAUUGCAUUGAUGAGGUUGCAUUAACUGGUAGCUGACAUUUCAAACUCUCUGUUUGCUGAGUCUGACCUUCAACUGGUGUCAUGAUUCCUUGUUCACACAUUGAUUGUGUUUUCCCAAGUUAUGAAACGGGGAUCAACAUGUGAUCCAGUCAGAAACGCACGCCAAAUCAUCAUGACCUUGCCUGUGAAUUUGACUCAUUCUUUCUGUGAUCACCAACAGGUGAUGAAUCAUGUGUUUCCUGUGAACAGGGAACGCCAUGAAUCAGUAUGAUCACAUGCUCUUAGAUGAUCACACCACCAGUGAUCAGUCACACAGGACUUUAAAGCUACAAAUAUUCCAAUACAAAACGGUCUGAAACUUUACUGACACCUGCUGGUUGUGUUAAAAUAUGCUGUGAACAAGUGGUUUGAUGUCAGUAUGGUCAAGCAAACCCACUGUAUUUUUAGUCUUUUAUCUUAUUUUAUUUUUCUCCUUACUUCAGCACCCACCAAAGCCAUAUAUGUCUCUUCCAUGUGCACCCCUUGAUAUGUUGUACAAUGUGAACACGCUUUCCAAAACAGACAAAUGACAGAAUACACACCAUAUUAUGUUUCAUUAUGUCCAUGUUCAGCUCAGAUCCAAUACCUAUAGUGCUUUCACCUAACAGGAUGUUUCCCCGGUCUCCUGUCCUCGCCUUAAGCCAGUGACCGAAGCACAGAAAAUGGCUUCUUAACAAUAUGAAUCACGAGAUGGGGCAACAGCUGUGAAUGCAGAAUUUUUUAUUUUUCAUUUCAUUUUUUUGCAGAGGAGCAUUGUAAUGUGUACAGCUCCACUGGACAAAAUGUGUAGACUGAUUGUGUUCAAUUCACUGCGUUGAAAAUGUUUUGUCUCUUCUCAUGCCUACUUUCUGACACAGUUGAUAGUAAAAGAUGCUAUCUAAAUGAUGGGGGUACUUUUUGGUCUUUAUCUUCAAUGUAUGCUGUAUGUGGCCAUCUUGGCUGAAUAGGUUAAAUUAUUCUAUAUUUUACAUGUGAGAAUAUUAUAUCUGUUGAAAGUAUAUAUUAUAUAUGUGCUCUGUCAGUCUUUAAAGCUAUGUACCAUGAACGCACAUAGGAAUUUUUAACCCGUGUCUAAAUACAUUUGCCUAUAAAAUCAUAGAGAAGCUCCAUGACAUAUAAAGUAUGCUGCUCCAAAUUAUUACUUUGUAUACAUUACAGACUACAAUUGAACUGCAAUGUGGAGGAUGUUUUGUAAUUAAUAGUAGUGCCUAUAAGCAUUGAGUUUGUGAUCGUUCUAGUACUGUAUAAAUGGGACAUUCUGGUUGGGCUCUAAAAACCUUAUUUUUAAUGGACAACCACAAUAAUUUGUGUAGUUUUAGAUAGCCAUCAGAAGGUAUAAUUGUUUUUGAUCAGAUUUAUUUUAAAUAACUGUAAAUACAGACAACUCAAGAGGCAGCAAACCUUUGGUCAACACACCUUCUUGUGAUUUACUUCAUUAAUCUGUAUGUAUUUUAUUUGAACUUUUGAUAUUUAUUUUUGCUGAUUUAUUUUUGUUUUACUUUCAACCUCUAAAUUAUUUUAUUUACAUCCAUUUAUUUACAUAGUUUGUCGAUGAACUACCCUCAUGUACAAAUGAAAUCGAUCUCUUCUCCAUUCUGGCUGAAUAGAAAGGAGGUAAAUUAUUCCUGUAAAUAGUCUGCUGUGUCUGUUUUGUACUUUUAAAUAAAGCUUUUUUCCUCUUUCUCA